AUGCCUGAAUUGCAUCGAGCCCGAACUAUGCUUGCAACGCGUUUCAAGGAUGUUGUUACGGCAGAAACUUUAGACAAUCACUCCGAAGUACUGUAUUUACACUUUUUGUCCCCAGCUACGCUUCCUGUACGCCAAAACUGGAAGGUCUAG